GUGGAGUGGAGCGGCCGCUGUUGCCGACUCUUUCCUCCUCCCCACGGUCCAGUCAGCGGGUUGAUUAAGCCAUCGGCCCUCAAGCUGAGACUUGUCUCUUAUUUAGUUCUGGGGAGCGCCUGGCUGACAUGAGUGAUGUAGAGGAGAACAACUUCGAGGGCAGAGAGUCUCGCUGUCAGUCAAAAUCUCCAACUGGAACUCCUGCUCGUGUAAAAUCGGAGAGCAGGUCAGGAUCUCGUAGCCCAUCAAGGGUUUCCAAACACUCUGAAUCACAUUCUCGAUCAAGAUCAAAAUCCAGGAGACGAUCUCGAAGUAGGUCCUAUACACCAGAAUACCGGCGUCGAAGGAGCCAAAGUCAUUCUCCAAUGUCUAACCAGAGAAGACAUACAGCCAGCAGGGCAAAUCCAGAUCCCAGCACUUGUCUAGGAGUGUUUGGCCUCAGUUUGUACACAACAGAGCGAGAUCUUCGUGAAGUAUUUUCUCGAUAUGGACCAUUGAGUGGUGUCAAUGUGGUUUAUGACCAGCCACCUGGACGAUCUCCAGGAUUUGCUUUUGUUUAUUUUGAGAGAAUAGAUGACUCAAAGGAGGCUAUGGAAAGGGCAAAUGGAAUGGAGCUGGAUGGUAGAAGAAUUCGUGUGGAUUAUUCUAUCACCAAGAGAGCACACACACCUACACCAGGCAUAUACAUGGGCAGACCAACUCAUAGUGGUGGUGGCGGUGGUGGAGGCGGUGGUGGAGGUGGCAGACGUCGAGAUUCUUACUAUGAUAGAGGAUGUGAUCGUGGGUACGACAGAUAUGAAGACUAUGAUUACCGGUACAGAAGAAGAUCGCCUUCUGCUUACUAUAGUCGAUACAGAUCACGAUCAAGAGUGGUUGCAGUUGAGGACAUCUUUUUCUUUUUUUUUUUUUCUCUUUCUCUUUUUGUUUAAUUCUGGAUUUCCCCAAGCUUCUAAUCCUUUCUACUCCUUAAAAAGAACCCUUAAAAAAAUCUUUGGUUUGUUUAGCAUCUAACACUUUGUCAGUUGUAUUGCUGUUUUCCAUCUCUUUUAUUAUAUUCUUAAAGAUAUAAUUGUUGUCGUUUUGAGUAGUUAAACAUCUUGAGUAAAAAAGGAGCUGCCAGUGUUAUGCUUUGUAAAUGAUCUUUUUUGUUUGUUUUUUGCUUUUACAGAAAGUUAACUCCUGGCUAAUCAAAUAAGGAGAAAUGAUCUUUUUGAAGCUUCUUUUGUGUUAGAUAUUGUAUUAGACAUUGUAUUAGAGAGCUGCAUUUACUACAAACUCCUUUUUUAACUUUCUUUUGGGGAAGUUAGUAACACAUAAAGUAGUUCAGUCAAUGUCAGGUUUGUCUGGGGUGGCAUGGGGCAGUCAAAUAGUUGAGUGUAGAAAGUCUGAAGCUAUAGAAGAAAACACUUGGUCAUUUCUUUUGAAGAACAUAAUUUUUGAACCCUAAAAAUUAUGUCAUUUUUUAGAGAUGAAAAGCUUGUGGAC